AUGCUCCGUCUACGCCCGUGGAAUCGAGUCCGGAUCCCCUCGUCAUCAAUCCCGAUACGACCUUUCACGCAAUCCCUCCCCCUGCCCGCCAAACCCCUACCCCCACGCAUCACCAUCCACGAUGCCGACAUCACCGUAGCCUAUCUCAAGGGCACCGGCCCGGGAGGCCAGAAGAUUAACAAAACCAACUCCGCCGUCCAAAUCAUCCACAAACCCACCGGAAUCGUGGUCAAAUGCCAAGCGACCCGGUCACGGUCCCAGAAUGAAAAGGUCGCGCGUCAAUUACUGGCGGAUAGGAUUGAACAGCAGGAAAGGGGGGACCAGAGUCGCGUGGCUAUGAAGGCUGAGGCGGCGCACAAGAAGAAAGCCAGUAAGGCCAAGAAGGCUCGGCGGAAGUAUCGCAAGCUGGAAGAUGGUGAGGAGGGGGCGGCGCAGCAACAAUUGGACGAGGCGGAAGAAUUGGAAGAGUCGGGGGAGCCGGAGAAGCCGGCAGAGAAAAGCUCGUCGACCUCUUAA